UGGACCGCUAUUGGCUAGCUAUAUUUAGAACAGGAAAUACGUCACGAUAAAGCAAAUGUCAGACUCGUUGGUCCCGCUGGACGAGACAAUAAUUAUCUGAUAUGAGGAAUAUACGAGGGCAUCGGGCGCAAUGAUACAUAGGGAUUUACUCGCAGUUAGGAACUAUUUGAUUGGAGCCUGCUAGGCGGAGGCUUUUAACUAGUGGUAGUGUGUGCUGGGGAAAUAACAAUUGGAUUGUAUUCUUGAGACCUGGAUUUAAUUAAUUAGCUGAUCAUGGAGAGGUCGAAGAUGUCACUUCAAAGGCAGGUGUUGGACUCCGACUACCGGAGGAAGAAGAGGAUGUCGGGACGUCACAUCGCCCUCGAUCAUUGGCUGGAGGCGCUCAACAUGUCGGACUACCUCCACCUCUUUAGUCAGUACGGGGGAGUCGAGGAUCUGAUCUACGCCAGCGAGGCGGAGAUAAGAAAUCUGGGGAUCAAAAUCGGCGCGCACCGAGCCAAGAUUAUCUCAAGUCUUAGGAUCCUCCGUGACAAGUACGAGAAGGGUCGAGUUACCGGAAGUGGGUUGUUCUCCCUUCAACGGACACCGAGUACCACAUCAUCGGCCCCUAACUCACCCACCGCCCCGUAUCCAGAUUACCAACACGUGAUUGCCUCCCCUGAAAAGCUAAACUUAGACCUCCAAAGAGAACUCGCUGGGGACCCGCUCGAGCUCCGCAGCCGCCCCUGGUACCACGGCAACAUCUCCAGACAGAGGGCCGAAGCUCUGGUGGUCAACAACGGUGACUUCCUAGUCCGUGACUGCAUCUCUAAACCAGGGGACUUUGUCCUGACGUGCCGCUGGAAGGGGACGCCCCUGAGUUUUAUGAUCAACUCCAUUGUGGGGGACUGCGCUCCGGGGAACCUCCCGCCCGUCUCGUACCAGUUUGAAGAAGACGCCUUCCCCACGAUCCAGCAGCUGAUUCUACACUACCAACAACACAGCAAGCCCGUCACGCAAGUCUCAGGGGCGAUUCUCAGCAGCCCAGUCCCGCGGUCGAUGCCCCUGAGCUACUACGACACCAAGUACGGCGCUUUGGUUAACUUCGCUGCUGGGGUUUACGCCACGCCUAACCAAAGUCCGAAAUCUAGUCCGUUUAUAACUCCCGCGGACAGCCCAGGUUCGAGUCCAGAGAUGAACAGACGAGAUACCAGAUGGACGGGAAGUCAGCCGAUACUAAACGUGACUUCAAGUGAAGAAGACGCCCACUCGAACCGGAAACGUGAAAGCCGGUCGUCAUCUCUAGACCGAUGUGACAGUUUACCAGUUAUAAACAUUACCCCACCUAACGCGGGGUCGGGGCUUGAGUCCCCUCACCCCCACGCCAAAAACGACAGCUUAAAGCCGAGCAUCUCUCACAUGCGGGCAGGCAGCGUCCCUGCGCUGAUGCCGGACAGCUUGACCAACGGACCGAGAAAGUUCUCCACGCUCGGCAGACGGAAGUUGGUGUCGGCUAGCUCUGAGAGUGAACUCACCAACCCCCCACCACCCAAACCCAGCCGGAUACCAUCUGUCAAGUACAAGCAGAAGCCGACGGUCGUUGUACGGAAUUUGAACCUCGACGACGACGACCGGGACUACUCCGACUACUACCAGGCCAGGGAGUCCCCGAGUUGGCUGCAUGGGAGCGGCCAGCCGGUUGAUAAAGAACCGGAAGUCAUGCUUAGACCGACAACGGCCGAGCCGCAGAAAGGGCGACAAGCCAACCGCGUCAACAGGGAGAAACUUUUCCUCCCGGCUCAAGUGACCCAACCACCCCAAAACGUCAACCAAUCCGCGGUCACGCCAACUACCGGACAGAACCCCGGACAGAACCUCAACUCCCGGCUUUUUCCGGCUGGUCAACAGUUUGGGAGAAUGGACCUCGACAACCCGCCGCCGUCGCCGACGUACCAAAUAGUCGCACGCAGCCGGUCGUUUCAAACGCCCAACAGUCCGACCUUGGACACCAACUCGAACAAUCUGGCAAACAAAGGCUACCAGACUCUACCUCACAAGUCAUCGCGCUUAAAGCAAGGCAAGCAGUCUGACGCUGAUGAGGUCAAAGGUUACGGGGAUUACGACAUACCCCGCGAGAACGUCAUUGACAACUUGUUCGGCUUUAACAACAUCAAACAUCGAACUCUGGCCACGCCCCCAAAAGUUUCACUCACCAAAAUUGUCCCGGAAAAUUUCCAGAGCAGCUUUUUGCCUAAAGGCCAUAAGGCUUUAGACCAGGCGGUGUUGUUGAGUGUCAAAUCUUUCCUGUUGGGUAAAAGUGCUAAAGACAUCGCCAUACAUUUGACUGAGUACGAUUUAAAUAUGUUAAACGUAACUCAAGAAAAAGAUAUUGGGCUCGGCAUCACCUCAGGAUUAGAGUUACUUACCCUUCCUCAAGGGAAGCAACUCCGGCAGGAUGCUAUAGAAAGAUGGGAGUGUCUCCGGUUGUUUACUAUGGUAACACUACUUACCUCGCAAAACGUUUCGGAGCGGGUUAAAAUGUUGAGUUUGUGGGUGCAAGUUUGCUUUGAACUAAAAAUAGUCAUGGGGAAUCUCUACAGCUUCUCGGCAAUAAUGUCAGCUUUAACCGGCACCCAAAUUAUCAGACUAUCUGACACGUGGCUCAUUCUUAGACAAAGUCAUACUCGCAAUGCAUACAAUUUCGACACUAAGUUACGUCCCUUCUAUAAAUCGCUAAACGACGGCAGCAGUGACCUGCCCCUGAACAACGAAAGUAUUCCUUACAUCACACCUGUGUGCCUACUCUUGGAGCGUGACGUAGACUCAGUUCUGCUGGAAUAUUUCUGGGAACAUGGCCUUGACCCGGUGGGCAGCGCCAUCGAUGUCCUUCUGACCCACCUGGACACCGCGCGCGUCAUCGCAUCCCAUGGCAUCUUGUUUCGGACUAAAGGCCAGGCCGUGAUGUCACAGAUGACCCAGGACUCCCAGCUCUCACAGAUUGCAUGCCCCGAGUUUCACAUGUUGGUGAUGUGGGGGGAGAAAGGGUGGGGCGCCAGAAGAAGGGACAGGGUGGAGAAAUUGGAACAGAUUUUAACGCUGCUAUCCCAUAAAUAUCAGGUGCCUGGGGACGAUGGGACAGAGGUUUAGCUUCCAUGUCCCACAAAUAUGUACCAGUGGGUUAUGGGACAGAAGUUUAACAUGACCCACAAAUAUCAUGAACCAGUUUAACAAGUAUGACCUAAUUGUUUUAGUUCAAUACUGAUUUUAGCCCGAAUUUAUUUCAGUAAAAACUGCACAAUUUCAAGAAGAAAACGUCAAUAUGCAACUUCAAAAGUUUAUUCUCUCACUAAUACCCUCAUUUAUGUACCAAUUUUACUUUUGCUUAUUUAAGAGUCACUUGUUUCUGUAUUAUUUUAAGUCCUAACAGCUUGUCUUUCAACAUUUAUUUUUUGCCAUGAUUAUGUGCCUUAUUCUUUAUUUAAACCAGUAAUGUUACAUGGGAGACAACUAUGGUUGAGGCUUACUUCAGCUCAAUUGUUUUAUUAAAAGCGUUGUAAAUAUUUUUAUUGUAUUCUUUCUGUAUAUUUAAU